CCAACCACUUCCCAAGCAAAACACACUCGUUAUAUAAAGCCCUUUCCUCUUUAGCAACAAUUAAAGAACACCAGUUUGUCUCCUCAUAAUUUUUGCACCUGAACCAGCAAUAGAAGAACAGGAACAGCUCGAAAUGGAGCAAAGUUUUGAUGAUCUCUCUCUGUGCCCUAGUUUUACUAGCUAUUCUUCCGACAGAUUCGCAGAAAUAGCCGCCAGAGUUAGCGAAGAAUUCAGCCAAGACUCUGAAUUUGGUGAAGAUGAAGAACAGCCCGUUGAAACCUCACACGACUUUAGCGACAACGAUGACGGUGAUGAUGAUUUUGAAUUCGCUCUAGUAGCUGGGGAUCCAGAUGCUUUGGCUGAUGAAAUCUUUUACGGCGGUCAGAUUCGUGGGGUUUUCCCAAUCUUCAACCGCCAUCUCAUAGAAAAUGAUACUGAAGAUCACCAAAUUAAGCCUCUUGAUGAAGUAUCCAGAAUUAGAAUUCCGUUGAAAAACUUGUUUGUACGAGAACGCGAGGAUGAACUUGAGCCACCGUCGUCGUCGUCCUCAGAAGCUGACGAAUUGGAAAGUGUCCCUCCAGGAACGUUCUGCGUGUGGAGGCCAAAAGUGGUUGAAUCGUCGCCGAGUCGAUGUAAGAAGAGCAAUUCGACUGGAUCGUCGUCGAAGGGGUGGAAAAUUCGAGAUUUGAUCCGUCGAAGCAACAGCGAUGGCAAAGAUUCAUUCGUGUUUCUGACACCAAAAAAUACAGAAGAAAAACCUGGAAAAAGUAAGAAAAUUGAAAAUCCGAAAGAGAAGAAAACCCCUGGAGAGAUUGUAAAGGUCACCGGCAAAUCGAAGGCGGCGGCGUCUGCUCAUGAGGCGUUUUAUGUACGAAAUAGAGCUUUGAAGGAAGGAAACAAGAGAAAAUCGUAUUUACCGUACAGGCCAGACCUCGUGGGGUUCUUCGUUAAUGGCAACGGAUUGGGCCGGACAUUUCCUGCAUACUAAAGGACGCCAUUUUUGUACAGUUCAUUUUUUAUAAAGACGAUCAAUUUGUAUAAAUUAAUUGCUUUAAAAGCAAUCUCAAGAGCUCAAUCACUUUUUUCAUGCUUUGUACGUAAAUAAUUCAUUUUUGGUUUUGCCGUGUGUAUUUUUCCUAAUGAUUUAAUUAAGUAGUAAAAUGUAAAUAGCCAAACAAGCGUUUGUGUACUCAAGCUCUGAU